AUGAAUUCCGCAGAGAAAUAUCGCAAUUUAAUAUUUUUCUUGAACGAUAAAAUCGCCUUCGUGUGUGGCUGUAACCUCAUGACGCCCGAUUUCAAGUACAACGCAAGGACUUUCGUGCUUCAUUUGUCGUUGGCAACACUUUAUAUCAGCAGCGCAUACACCAUUCACUAUUUUUGGACCGAACGAGAAUUUUUUAAAAUUUUGGAAGUUGUUGCGGUUUUUGGAUUUGCAGUUCAGGGCACGGCAAAAAUGCAACUUGCUCUGAAAAAUCGCGAAAGUAUGACGAAACAAGCGUAUUUCUUAAUUGACAUUCACGAAAAAUAUCAAAAACAUCCGGGACGACGUCGAGCUCUCGAACAAUGCAUCGAUCGAUCAAUUUUUAUGUUCAAAAUAAUGGCAGUAAUUUACUCGACAGCAGUCCUUUUUGUCCUAAUUUAUCCCGUUUUGUAUUACAUUGUGUUCAAAGAAAAAGUUACUUUUCUCACGCUCAUCGUUCCCGGAAUCGAUCACAGGGCAAAUUACGGCUUUUUGGUGAACACUUUUUAUCAAGUUUAUCUCCUCGCUGCUGCGGUGAACGGAUUGUUGGUUUACGACGGAUACUUUAUGAUCCUCUCGGUGCAUUAUUCGGCAUUUGUGGAUAUGUUUCGGAUCAAUUUGGUUGAAUUGGGACUCGUAUUGAGCAAACAAUUGCUGAAUUCGAAGAGGAAAGUUGUUGAAACGAAAUUGAGAGAAGUUCUUGUCGAGCAUCAAGUUUGCAUGAAUUUUAUGAAUCAUCAAAAUGAGUGUUUUGCGACGGCUUGCACGUUUCAAGCGUGGUCAAGUACAUGGUCGAUUGUGUUUUCGCUGUUUGUUAAUACGAGGGGAAUUUGGCUUGCGGGCUUCGCAAUGUUACUCGUCGGAUUUUGUCAAUUAGGUCAAUAUUGUAUCAUCGGAACAAUCAUCGACAUAAAAAACGACGAAGCUCUUUUAGCAAUUUACGAAGUACCUUUUCACAUGAUGUCAAAAAAAGAAAAACAGGAUCUCGAAUUCAUGUUGCAUAAAGCUCAAAAUCCUAACAAAUUGUACAUUGGCGGAAUUUUACCUUUGAAUGUCGAAACAAUGACUGAAAUUUUGAGAAGUAUUUAUGAAGGAUUCACAAUGUUGCUCAGUUACGUCUAA